UAAUAAUGCCAUAGAUGCAGUUUCAAAAUUCUUAUUAUCUGUCAAAAAACUUGACAAGAUUUAUUAUCUAGCAUUCAGAAUCUUUGUCAAAAAACUUUGACAAGAUUUACUAUUUAUCAUUUAGGAACGGAGUGAGUAUUUUUUUAGGGUUGACCGGAUUCUAGAACUUCAGUGUGAUAUAAUUUCUGUACUUGGUUACAGGGAUGUAUUGAUAAAGUUAUACUCAUAACAUUACUUUGUUUAAUGAAUUUCAUUUUACAUGGAAUAUAACUAUAUUUGAAAACAUUAAAUCUCUCAUUAAAUAAGUUUCUUUACACAGUAUGUUGGGUAAUUUUUUGUAGGCUUUUCCAUAUGGAUCAGUGCCUCUCAAGACCUAUCUUCCGGAUGGAGAUAUUGAUUUGACUGCUCUUACUGGUCCUAGUACUGAAGAAUAUUUGGCCCGUGAUGUCCUUGCUCUUCUGAGGGAGGAAGAACAAAAAGAAAAUGUUGAGUAUAAAGUCCAGGAUACCCAAUUCAUUGAUGCUGAGGUUGUCUUGAUUCUUGAUGCUUCAUAAAGUAUACGGAGUAUUAUUUUAUGAACUAACCUGUGUUCUAGAGGUUAAACUUGUUAAAUGCCUUGUACAGAAUGUUGUCAUUGACAUAUCUUUUAAUCAGUUAGGAGGUCUCUGCACACUUUGCUUCUUAGAGCAGGUGGAUCGUCUUGUUGGCAAGAAUCAUCUCUUCAAACGCAGUAUUAUGGUGAUAAAGUCUUGGUGUUAUUAUGAAAGCCGAAUCCUUGGUGCUCAUCAUGGCCUCAUAUCUACUUAUGCAUUGGAAACACUGGUCCUAUAUAUCUUCCAGUUUUUCCAUUCAUCUUUAAAUGGUCCUCUAGCGGCACUCUAUAGAUUUUUGGAUUACUACGGUAAGUUUGAUUGGGAGAAUUACUGUGUUAGUUUGAAUGGGCCAGUUCGCAAGGCAUCCCUUCCUGAAGUUGUGGUUGAGAAGCCUGACAAUGGAGCGAAUGAGGUAUUGCUCAGUGAAGAAUUUUUUAGGAACUGUAUGGAAAUGUUCUCAGUUCCAUCCAGUGUUAGCGAAAGCAGCCGCGGAAGACCAUUCAAACUAAAGCAUCUGAAUAUAAUUGACCCAUUGAAGGAUAAUAACAAUCUUGGGCGCAGUGUUCAUAGAGGUGGGUGGCAGCGCCGGUAACAGGCAGUAACAGCUACUGUUGCCACCGGGCAAUAGCAACCACAACUGACGGUGGUGCCGGAUACUAGUAACCGCCGUUUGUAGCAGCAUUGGACAGUAGUAGCUAGCUACAGAGAUGGAAACUCUGAUGCAUGAUGCUAAUAUUGAUGUAGCUACUGCUACUAUCAGUAGUUAUUUAGUAACAAUGCGUACAUAUGGCUGCUGUUCUUAUUUGCAUAUAAAAAUGUUAAAAGUGAUGUUUUUGUAUUUAACUAUUUAUAAAUUGGUUAAGCUGUUAUUAUGAAAUUCUCCCUUUUUAUUUUUUCUUCUAAAUAUAUCAGGUUAGUUUAUAGUCAAUUUGGUUGUGUGUAGGUAAUUACUACCGCAUACGUAGUGCUUUCAAGUAUGGAGCACGCAAGCUUGGUCGGGUUCUCUUAUCCCCUCAAGAUAAAAUUGGAGAUGGGAUAAAGAAGUUCUUUGCAAACACCAUUGACAUGCAUGGCCAGAACCCCUUGUAUAAUUUAAAGAACUCAUCUUCCCUAAAAAAUUACCCCAGCAGUAUGUCGUCAUAUGAGGAUGAAAUGCCUUUGAAACCAUCAGUUGGCUAUUGUGAUGAUAGUAACAGUAGUGUUGAAUGGGAAGAUAAAGUCGGCCCUUCAAUAUUAAGAAACGAAGUUGAUGCCAAGCUGAUGAAAAAAGUAGUUUAUGAAAAUAGCUGCUCCACAACUGAGUUUACUGUAUCAGGACAUGAUCUGGUGGCUCCCACAAAGAGCACGGAUUGGGUACCCACCCAAAGCGGGCAAUUUGAUUGUGUUUAUGGGAAGCCAGUGUUUGGUUCAUUGAUAGACCAAAGUGAGAUUCUUUCUGAGAGUAGUGCAUACCACCAGUCACUGACAGAUUACAGUGAGAGCGUCUGUUCUGGUGUUUCGGAAAUCUCAACUCCAAAGACAAGCAUUUUAGAAAGCUUGCCCCUUGAUUUUAGGGAGAGGGACUUGGCCAGCUUAGCUGGCGACGAUUUGGAAGUUCUGAAUCCUUUAGCUGACCUCACAGGGGAUUAUGACAGUCAUAUUAGAAGUUUGGUGUAUGGUCAGUGUUGCCACGGGUAUGCAUCAAUGGCAUCGUUAUUGUUUGAUCCCCUGUUUAAACCAGCUCACUAUCAAGAUUUUGAGUAUCUGGACACUGUUCAUUAUUCAAAUACGGGUCCGAUUUUUGUGGGACCUGCAUUCCUUCCCUCAUCUGCUAACAACCCCUUACCAUCAAAUGUUACUUGCUAUGAAGAGAUGCCUGAAGCAACAAUACCAGAACUGUUCAUACCAAAGAUGGAUCGUUCUUGCAAAAUGAAAGGCAGGAGUAAAGAACUCUCCAGUAAAAUCCAGUUCCAAAAAGGGUCUAGUAGCAACGGAUGCAUUCCUAUGGUGUUAUCAGAGGCAAACUGUUCUGGAAAUGAGGAUGAUGAUGGCAAGCCAGACUGCUAUUUCCACUCCCAAAAACCUUCUUGUAAGAAACGUGGGAAGCUUUCUGCAUCCAACCAGUAUGCCGAUCGUGAAGAUGAAAAUGGUCUCCCGAAUUUGCCAAGUGAGAUUGAGUUUGGGUCUUUAGGGAAGCUCCCUGACGGUUUUCUUUCAGGCGCUCUUCGUGGUCUAGCCCCACCAACGAAUCUCUCUAAAAAACUAGUAUGGUGCAGAAAGGAAAGGUUUGCAGACCGUUCUUUCCGCCUGAAAAAUGAAGAAGAGUUCCCCCCAUUAACGCCCAUGUGACCCGUGAGGAAGUGAAUGAAAUCGCCCGGAGGCGAGGGUAUAUGAGACAUAAGUUAGCUGCUAACAAACCAUAGAAACACUAGGUUUUUUCUCAUUUAGAUAAACGUAAUGAUAAGAAACAAAAGUAAAGCUAUAGCUAUAGCUAUAUAUACAUAUUGCAUUUGUUAAGGUCAUGUAAAAGCCAAGACACUUGCCUAUUGGUCGGAUGAUGAAAAGAAGAUAGAAAAAUGAUUACACUGUAUAAUCAGCUUUGGCUCUCUGUAUAAUUACCUGUGGUAUAUUUACUCUAAACUUGUCCUGGGAGUCCACGUGGAUUGCGGAAUUGGCCUUGACUUAGGUAUGUUUGGGUAAUGGUAGAAGUGGUUUUAAGUUAAAAGGCGAAAUUCAUAAGAACAAUCCCUACUUUCAUGGAUUCUACAAUAAUAGUUGUGAUUGAGUGUUCAUAAAUGGGUAAUGGGGAAAACCGAAUCGGUGGAUACCCGCAUCGAACCUGAUGGAGUAUAUAGGUCUGGACCCUAGGGCCCACAUACUCAGGAGAACGGAAGGAACCAUGACCACCUGGUGGGACCCUCGUCGGCCAGAUGAUCCUCAUCGGCCAGAAAGAAGUCUACUCAGAAUGUGAUCCAGAAGCCAGGAAGAGCCGGGUGACCUCGUCUGCUGGGUCUUCGUCGGCCAUGCCCUCGUCGGCCAUAGACAGUCUCCAGAACAGGAUUUACACUUAAUCUUUUCCAUGUACUUUGUAUCCGGCCCAUUAGUGGCCCUAUUAUAGAUGGUCCUCCCAAGCCUAAGACUUGGGAGCCCAGCCCUAAUAUUUCCUAUAAAUAUUCCCUCUGGGAGUAGCUGUAAGGGUUCACAAUUCAUUAAUACAAAGCAAUUAUAAUACUUCUCUCUC